AGAGUCUUGAGGCCUCGAGCAUCCGUUAUUUGGACAACUUGCAUCAUCAACCUCCAGGGUGUCCCUUUCACAAACACCUCGCCGACCUUCACAGCAUUUCGUCUAGAAUUACGGUCGCGCAGGAUCAGCCAGAAGGAAUUACGCAGAGCGACAUGGAGAACGCUGCCUCAGCUGCAGCUCAGAACCAGCCUCCUGCAGCUUCGCAGAACGAAAGCGAGAUCAAGGUCUUUACUGCUGCAGAGACGCAGCCGGUAAUACCAGCACCAGCUCAGGAACCCGAGGAUGAUUUACAGCCUACAGCGGAAGAAGUCCGACGAGCUCAAGCAUCGCUGACGCAGCGCAACAAGGCGUUGAACGAAAGGACGUUCAGUUUGGCCAGGGAUAGGGAGGCGGACAAGGCUAAGGCCGAACAGAAGAAGGUGGAGAAGUGGCCCAAUACUACGAUACGAAUUCGAUUCUCAGACCGUACGCAGAUCCAGAAGGUGUUCCCGUCUUCGAGUCGGAUAGGAACGGUAUACGAUUUCGUCAGAUCAUCUCUGAAUGACGAAUCCAGGACCAAACCUUUCACGCUCUACGAACCUCCAGCCAAACAAUACCCCGAGACGACCCCGCCACUCCCAGCGACCUACAUCGCUCAACAGCGAAAGGUCCCAGCACAUCUGCGUAAACCGCCUCCACCGGAUCCGAGCAAACAGAGUCUGAUGGAACUACAGCUGGUACCCCAGAGUGUCUUGUUGGUCAGGUUCGAGGACGACGAGAUGAAUCGAUCUGACGCCAAAGCCCCGUUGCUACCCGAACUGCUGCAACAAGCUGCACCGCUUCCGCCUCCUCCUGACUUCAACCAAAUGGCAGCAGCUAGUGGCUCGACUUCGCAAGCGGGAGGAAGCGGGACGGGCAAGACGGGCGAGAAGAAGAUCCCCAAGUGGUUGCAGAAAGGAUUAUUGAAGAAGAAAUGAGGCUGUCCGCCUGUACGUUCCCGCAGUGACCAGUAGAACGUGAUGGACAAGCCGCUUUUCUGUAGCAUAUUAUCAGUUUGAGAAUACCAUGAUGUGACUCGAUACGAAUUCGUCCUGCAG